AUGGAUCUGUCUCCAGGCAACGCGGAGGGACCGCACCCUGCCCCCGACUGUGGCAGCUGCCUGAUGGCCGAGCAGGGCGGGCGCCCGGUGGACCCCGUGCAGCUGCCUGGGCAGCCCCUCGACCCCGUCCCGCGGCCCCGGCCCGACCCGACACCCACCCGGGUCCGCAGCGGGGCCCGAUUCGCCCCGGAUCCGGAUCCGGAGCCGGAGGAGCCGCCGCCGCCGCCGCCACCGCCGCCGCCUCCACUCGCUGGGGGCGCUCGGCUCCAGCGACACCAGCUGGCCAGCCGUGACCAUGGCAACCGCAACGCUCCCACACCCCGCACCCCCGCCUCCGCGGCCGACCCAGAGGGUCGCGGGGUGUCACCCUCCAAGGAGGUCGGCGAGCAGGGAGAGGAAAGUGAGGAGGACAUGGGCAGCCUUGGAGCCUCGGAGUCGGAGGAGGGGCAGGAGGACUGGGAGGUCCAGGAAUCCAAGACCAGUUCAGAGACCAGCUCCCCGGAGGAGCUGCCCAGCCCAGGGACAGAGCAGACUUCAGGGAACAGGACCGAGGAGGAGUCCUCAGAGGGGCUCGUGCCCCUGGACGACCGCACGGAGGUGCAUCACGAGGCGGAACCGCGGCCGAGGGUGUCAGCAGAGGUCUCCCUGACCAGCAUCACGGAGCCGUCGCAGGAGCCUGCGUGGGGGCGGCACCACCUGCAGCUCAGCCAGGACAGCCUGCCCGCCUCGUCCAGCACGGACACCUCCCUGCAGGAGCCAGAGGAGAGGCCGCAGCCCAUGUUCCUGCACCAGCUGCAGCACCUGAGCUCGGUGGAGGAGGCCCAGGAGCAGAGGGCCGGGUCAGAGGGCAGCGAGGAAUCGGAGGGAGAGUCCCCGCUGGUGGUCCUGGCUCCAGACCAUCCGCUGAUGGUGAGGUUCCAGGCCGCCCUGAAGCGCCACCUCACCAGCCAGAUAGAGGCGCUGCAGCUGGAGCUCCGGGAGCUGAACGUGGCCACCAAGCAGAGCAAAGCGCAGCGGCAGGAGCUGGGGGUGCAGCUGUACGGGGCGCAGCAGAGCCUGGCGGGGCUGCAGGCGCAGCUGGAGAAGAGCCACGAGCAGCACGCGCGGGCAGCCACCGAGCGGCGGCACCGGGAGGACGAGCUGCAGGCCGUACGCCAGCACUACGCCAAGGCGAGCCAGGAGGCCGAGCAGGAGCGCAGGAAGCUGGCGGGGCUGCAGGCAGAGCUGGAGAAGCUACUGCUGCAUGUGUUCUAUACGCGGAACGUGGAGGAGGAUGUGUGUGACGACAUCCGCGUGAUGCGGCAGGUGGUGAAGAAGGCGGAGGGGGAGCGGCUGCGCGCCGAGAAGGAGAAGCAGCUUCAGGACCUGCACGUGGACAGGCUGACCAGGCAGGUCAGUGACCUUGAGGAGCAGAUCGCCCUGCUGGAUGCCCAACGCAGUGCCCAGGCUGAGGACACUCGCACCCUCAGGAAAGCGGUCAGCGAGGCCUGCCUGGAGAUAGACGCCAUCCUGCUGGAGAAGCAGCGCAUCCUGAAGCAGUGGGGCAGCAGCCUGCUGAGCAUGCGUGGCCGGGACGAGGCCCACCAUGUGGCCCAGGAGGCGCUCAGGGAGCUGCAGCACCAGAUCCGCUCCCUGGACGGCGAGCUGGAGGGCUUCAAGAAGUCCAUCGUGCGGGAGGAGGUGAAGAAUGAGAAGCUGGCGAGCGUCCUGAAUCGCGCAGAGACCGAGGCGGGCGUGCUGAGGAAGUUGACGGCACAGUGCCUGGGCAAGCACGAGGCCCUGCAGAACGACUUCAGCACCUACCGCCUCACGCUGCAGGACACAGACGAGGCUCUGCGCAGGGCCCAGGCGGAGCACGCGGCCACCGUGGAGAAGCGGCAGGAGGUGCAGAGGGAUAUCCAGGCUCUGCUGGACCUGCGGAAGCAGAUGGAGAUGGAUAUGGUGGACACGCUGCGGGAGCAGGUCACCUCCAACAAGAUGACUAAAGCCUUCCACCAGCUCAUCCUGAAGUUGGGAAAGCAGAAGACCAGCCUGGUGACACACUUCUCCAAGAUCGAAGGCGACAUCGCCCAGGCCACAGUGGACAUCACCGACACCAGCUGCCGGCAGGAGGCGCACGAGAAGACGCUGGCUGAGCUGGACAAGGAGGUGAAGCGGGUGAACGACUUCAUCAUCAACAGCCAGAACGAGAUCUCGCGGCGCACCACCCUCAUCGAGCGGAAGCAGAGCACCAUCAACCAUUUCAACAAGCAGUUGGAGAGGAUGGUGUCGGAGCUGGGGGGGGAAGAGGUGGGGCCGCUGGAGAGGGAGAUGAAGCGGCUGAGCAAACUGAUCGAGGAGCACAGUGCCAGCCUGACACAGGCACAGGUCAACUGGCUCCGGCUACAGCAGGACAUGGUGGCAGCCACACACGAGCGCGAGGACCACCUGGCCUCGGUGACCACCUCCCGGAAGGAGCUGCGCAUCCUGGAGCAGAAGAAGCUGCGAAUCGAGAGCAAGAUCAACGCCGAGAAGCUGGAGAAGAAGCAGAUCGAGCGACACAUGCGGGGCCUGGACCACGACCUCACGAAGCUCAAUGUGCUCAUAGGCCAGAACCGCAGCAACACGGAGCAGCUGCAGCAGGACGCCAUGGUGACCCACAAAGAGUUCCUGUGCAUGCUCAAGGAGGCGGAGAGGGAGACCAUCGAGCUGCAGGACAAGCUGAACCAGCUCAGCGAGGAGAAGACCAUCUUGAUGAACAACCUGGUCGAGGCCGAACAUCAGAUCAUGCUCUGGGAGAAAAAAAUCCAGCUGGCAAAAGAGAUGCGCAACUCCGUGGACUCGGAGACUGGCCAGGCAGAGAUCCAGACCAUGAGGAUGGAGAUCCACCGCAUGAAGGUUCGUUAUGGGCAGCUGCUGAAGCAGCAGGAGAAGCUGAUCCGCAGCAUGGAGCAGGCAGUGACGCGCAGGGACUCCAUGACCACCAGCGCCCAGGGCCGCUCCAAGGUGGACACGAAACUGCUCACGCGGACGGAGUUCCAGCACAAGCUGUCCGAGCUGCGCCGCAAGAUCAGGGAGACCCACAAGGCCUCCGAGGAGAGCUCCCAGACCAUCCGGGACCUGGAGGAGACGCAGAAGGGCUUGGGCAGCGCGUUGCUGGAGAAGCAGGUGCAGCUCUCGGAGCUGCAGGCCAGGGUGGACGAGCUGGAGUCGGGCCUGGAGGGGCUCCGGGCCCGCAAGCGGCAGAACCUCCUGCAGCUGGUGGCCCUGCAGACGCGCCAGAAGCACCUACAGGCGGUAAAGGACGGCCGCUACGUGCUGCUGGCCCGCUCCGAGGUGGGGCUGAGGGCCGAGCAACAGCGCCUGCACGCGCAGGCCGGCCUCAUCAGCACCAUCCUGGUCCACGUGACCGAUGAGUACCCGCAGUUCCAGGAGGCCCUGCUCAAGGUCGUCCAGGCCAUUGCCCACAGAAGGGACGUGCCCUGGCCCUCCUAGAAAUCC